AUGGUGAAACAGAAGGAACAGAAGCAGACGCCUCGACUUCAGCCAGCACCCCCGUUACAGAUUUCUUCCGACCUCGCCAGAUAUGUAAGAGACCUGUUUAUGGAUCUCUCGUCGAGAUGGGAGAGGUACGGUCCGACCUUUGAAGCCACAUGGCGCUCGUUCAAUGGAGAUGAACGCUCCCGAGUGAUGGAGGAAAAUGAUACAACAGAACUGGACGAUUACUAUGUUCCGGAGUGGAACGCGGACGAUAUUGCGGCAAAGCCCGAGUUCCUCCUCGACAUAAUCAGAUAUAGAGCGACUGCCAGACUUUCUGAACAAUGCCACAAAGGCUCAGCCAAUAACCCUAGCGACUUUGACUUCGCUGCCCGUAGGAUGAGAGAGUCCGGCAUUGGGCCCUUCCCAACUGGAAUAAAAGCUUACACCAUUUUCCAAGAUGGAGAUGAGUACGGCGAAGCUUACAUCGCCAUCAACCAGAAGAUCGCAGCGUCUUUUCUGCUGCCGCGCGAUAAGGCCCAUCUCUGUGUUCCUCAGACCUCUGGAGAGCUGGUCCUUGGACGGCAAGGUCACAUACUCCAGGCUCUAAACUCCAUGGUCAAGUACACCUGGGAGCGAGAUCCAAAGGAACAGGCACGUCAAUUGAAAGCCACGCAGUCAACUGAAACCGCUGCUUUGCUGUUGCAACUCAUCCACUUGAGCGACGACGCCACUGAUGAAAGCGCAUCAGACAACGUCACUGCUAAAGUUGUGCUUGAUACUGCACGCCAUCACAAGAAGUCCUUGGAUCGUCACUGGAAUCUUCUUGGCGUGGAAGCAGGGAUGCUUGCAAACAAGGUCGAGGAGUGGUUUACUACGCAGCCUGGUCUGAUUCCAGACAAACAAGGCCAGAAGCUGCCUGUGAAUACGGGCAAGUACCUCAGUCCUUGUCUCUUUGACUUUGUGCACGACUUGGCCAAGAACAACGUGUUUUGGGCUUACAUCGUCGCCCUUCUCCUGGAGUUACAAGGUCUUGAGCAAGAUGACACCCCGGGCCGCAACCUUAUCCUGCAGGAGAUGGCGCACGUUUGCCAUCUGGCUUUCCAGCGCGCUCAGAGUGUCUUCAAAAGACAUAUCCAAAGGUACACUGGCCGUAGUUGGUUCGAGCGUGUGUGUGAUGAGUGCGACAAUGAUGGCAAUCCCUUAGUGAUUCUGACGCUCAAUCUCGAUGACUUGAAUGAUACAGAGACGCUUAUCCAUCCUGGACUCUUGCAAAUCCUGCAGCUCUGCCGACCAGAAACCACGGUUGAUAGGGCCCUGGAUUGGGCUAAAAUGCUGAACAACCUAUGGACCACUAAACCUGAUGAGAAACUCAGGAUUGGACUGUACGCUGCAGAAGCUGAGGUACUUGGGGAGCUGGCUACACUUCUCUCAUUCAUCCGAGACCUGACUGAGGCCAUCUCGCUCCCCCCAGUUACUGGGAAGAAGAGAGUAAAAGGGCUCUUUGUCUCCAAAUCUCAUCGCCUGGAUAAGGACCUUUGCGCCUUGAAAGACAAGCUUGAUCUUACAAUGUUCACCGUGCCACUGAUGAGACUCUUCAAGCCCAACGUUGCUGCUGGUGCUCUGGAGGCGCUCGAUAAUUUCUACAAAGACAAAACGGGAGCUGGUGUGCUCGAGGCUUACAACAAGGUGGUGGAAGGCAGCAUCUCUGAGCUGCAGAGCCGGUGUGCGCAGGCCAAAGCCAAGCGGCUGAAAGAAAAUGGCCCAGUCUCCUCUUCUCCGUCAGUUCCCAUCGGUCGGGAUUUAUUUAUCGAGAUCACACCGCAAAAGGGUGACAAGGCGCAGGGCAGGAAGGAGAAGGUCAAGACCCGGCCUCCGGAGGGAACAAAUGGGUCGAUCCUCCCGGACGACGCUCCACCGCCUCCACCUCCGGCGGCAUCCCGAAAGCCGAAGAUCAAAGUCAGCGCUGACACAGCCGUCGUCUUCGAUGUGCUGUUCGACCGGACCCAGAACCGCCGGCCGAUAGCUUUUUCGGACCUAGAAUCAGCGAUGGUUGAGUUGGGUUUCGCGGUCAAUUCUCAGAGCGGCAGCUCGUCAACGACUUUUACGCCUCCGCAGGAAUCAGACUGGCUGCCCAUUUGUGUUCAUCGUCCUCACGGGACCGCCACCAAGUUCGAAGGCUACGAUGUGCUUAGGCUUUCGUCACGAUUCAAGAAUCAUUUUGGAUGGGAUUCGGAGACGUUUGAGGUCGCCUAG